CCCCCCUCCCCUCCAGGAUUCCCAGGUGUGUGACUAACUAACUGACCAAGUCGCUCACGCUGGGCGUUUCUAAGCUCUGCUGCGAUACAAAACCAAGGUGACGGAGUCGCUCCGGAUCAAAGACCCCGUCACCGGAACAUCAGGACCACACUAACACGCAUCUGCAGGACAGUCAACAUGAGCAGGUGUCUGAUCAGCCAGGAGGAGGUGCAGAGCUUCAUCGAGCGCUGCAUGACGGGCGUGGGCACCAAGCCGCACCACGCGCGCAGCCUGGCCGAGGUGCUGGUGGAGGGGGACCACCGGGGCCACUACAGCCACGGCCUCAACAGGAUGGACAUGUACGUGAAGGACAUCCAGACGGGAAUCUGUGAGAAGCACGGCGAGCCGGCGGUGGAGAAGGAGAGCGCCGCCACGGCUCUGGUGGAUGGGAGGAACCUCCUGGGUCCCGUGGUGGGGAACUUCUGCAUGGAGCUGGCUGUGAAGAAGGCCCGAGACGUGGGCGUCGGCUGGGUGGUGGCGCACGGGUCCAACCAUUACGGUAUUGCUGGAUAUUACGCAAUGCAAGCUCUGAAGGAAAACAUGAUUGGCAUGUCGUUUACCAACACUUCCCCGCUGGUUGUUCCCACACGCGGUAAAGAGUGCACUCUGGGCACCAACCCCAUCAGCGUGGCCGCUCCCGCCGCAGACGGAGACAGCCUCGUUCUGGACAUGGCCACGUCGGCCGUAGCCAUCGGAAAGGUGGAGCUGUACGAGCGGCGCGGGGACCCCAUCCCCGAGGGCUGGGGCUGCGAUGCUCGGGGGCAGCUGACCACGGAGCCCGGGCGCGUGCUGGGCGGCGGCGGCCUCGUCCCCCUGGGCGGCAGCGAGGCCACGGGAGGCUACAAAGGCUUCGGGCUGGGGAUGAUGGUGGAGGUGUUCUGUGGCAUCUUGGCCGGGGCCCAGUACAGUAAAAACAUCCGCACAUGGAAGGAAACCAGCCGCGUCGCCGACCUGGGUCAGUGUUUUGUGGCAAUUAACCCAGAGAACUUUGCCCCCGGGUUCAGCGAGAGACUGUCCGACCUGCUGCGCAUCCAGAGGGGCCUGAAUCCCGCUAAUCCGGACAUUCCGGUCCUGGUGGCUGGAGAUCCAGAGAGGAUGCACAUGAAGAUGUGUGAGGAGAUGGGUGGGAUCCCGUAUCACAUGAAUGUGGUUAACUACAUGAACCAAUGUGCCCAGAAGGUUGGCGUGAGCACCCUGCUGCCUUGUGACAGGCUCAUCUCCAAUUAAAUCUGAACUGGAUAAAAAUGUGGAGUUCAACGGUUUACACACAUACAAUAAUGUAGGAAUUUUAAGUUUGUCAGCCUGUUUUUAUGACAUUUAUGGAAAAUAAUGGUUUAAUAUGAACUUCUUGACUGUACGACUUGCAUACAUCCUCUGCCUGAGGUUUUAGUUUACACUGUUUGAAGUCGAAGUCUGUGAAAUUGGUUGAUAUGAGCUUCACUGAUUCCCUGUUAAUGCAGAAUUCAUCAUUAUACAAUAGCUGCUUUGCAAAUAGUUUUUAAAUAAAGAUUUUAUCUGAAUGCAACCAUUUUGCGACUUUAAAAAAACAUUUUAAUCUAAUGCACUUUAUUUAAUAAAGCAAUAUACAUUAAAA